AUGGAAAACAAAGUACAAAUCAACCUAAAUAUAAAACCAACAAAAGCUUUGGGCACAAAAUUAGUUACAUCAUUAUUUGAUUACCUUCUACAUUUGCGAUCUCAAAUUCCAUUCCAAUUUAAACUUUUUGUUAAGUUUGUUAACGCGAAAUCGAAAUUAAACGUAAAAGAAAAUGAAGAGAAUCUUAGAAAAGAUUGGAAGACUGAAAAGCAAUUGAAACUUGCUCGUGAAACUUGUGAUAAAAUUUUUGCAAUCAAAAAGGUAAUCGAAGAAGAGUUUUCAACAGGAUCACCAAUGAUGAUAUUAUUUGGAAGUACCAUUCAUACUGCAAAGGAAUCAUAUCUUAUAAACUUCCCUAAAGUCAACGAUGAUCUCUUGCCUACAUAUGUCAACGAAACCAGCGAAGUUAAGAAAAUUCUUCUGAAAAUUAUUCAAAACGAUGAUCUCAGACUGUGUGAUAAGACUUCGUUAGGAUUAACUAACAUAUUUGUUCUAUUUCGAAAAGUUGCAGACUAUGAAAUUUCUUCUGAUUUUAUAGAGCUUCCAAAUUUUAAAGUCUCAAAAUCUUGCAACACUUUUUCAUUAAACUUUCGAGACUCAACCGACUUUGACAUCUUCGAUGAAGAAUUCCAAGAGUUAACGUUAAGCGAAGUGACAGCUAUAAAUGAUAGUCAAGAAGUUUGGUAUCAAUCAAAAACCUUUGUUAAAGGAUUCAAAGAUAUUCUUGUGCAUAGCAAAUCAAUUUGGACUUAG